CAUAGUUUCACGAUAACAUCCUUGUUUUUAUUGACAUUUGCGAAUAUAUUUUAUAUUGUUAAUAAAAGUAUACCUGGAGGAAUUUUCGUGCCUGUUGCUCGGCAUCGAAACUUGAGCCACUUCAAUCACCAUAAAAGCACCACCAUGUCUAGAAGGUCUAGUCAUCAAGGGGAGGGAAGUGAGUUUUUCCUUGAGUGCAAGGCAGCGUUUCUAGCCAUCUUUGAUGAAAUUGAGGACAAGAUUGAAUCCAAGAAACGCCUGAAUGAUUUAUUGCAGCAGUCUGGCAGAAAUCCCAACAAGGCACGCCUGGACAAAUAUUGGCCGAGUGGAACAGAUAAACUUCAGUUUGACGAUUUUGUUGAGAUAUGUCGAAAAGAGCCAGUGACAAGUGCGGAUGAUCUCAUGAAGGCUUUCCGUAAAAUUGACCUCAACGGCGAUGGAUACAUUUCGCUGGAUGAGCUGUUCAAGAUCAUGAAUGCUCAAGGGGAGUCUAUGUCACGCGAAGAUGUGAAGAAGAUGAUUGAUGAAGUUGAUGAUAACAAAGAUGGCCGACUGGAUUACAAAGAGCAUCCAGCAUUGUGGAAAGACAGAGUGUAUUAUGAGGAGUUUACAAACAUGAUCAUGAAGACGACCGAAGACUCCAAGAAAUUUUCACAGAAAAUGAUGGAAAAGAAAGAAAAGAGGCGACAAAGGGGCGAUCGGUACAAAGCUUCCGAGGCUAAUACCUCCAAAACCCUUGACACUUCUGAACAAAAACCUGUGAAUAAUCAAAAUGAAACUGUAAAAGAGCCUGACAGUAAACAUGAUGAGCAUACUGAAAUUGAACAUGAUCAUUCUGAUAAGGCUGAAAGUGAAAGUCAUGUUGACAAAGAAAAAACUACAGGCGACAUAUCCAAGAGACGUGAUUCCAUGGGUUCCAAGACAUCACUUCGAAAUGAGGGCGGCCAAAGUCAUGUAGACAAAGGUUCUUACUCAGAGGCCGAAAAGGAUUCAGAAACGUCAGAAAAACCAAAGACAAUCUCUCGUAGGGAUUCAGUAAGCAGUAAGGAGUCUGUAGAUAUUGGAAGAAAAGAAAAAGGUUCAAAAGGAACCCCAAGAAAAGAAUUGGACCCAAAGAAUGAUAAACCCCCAAUACCAGAUAACCCCAAAACACCCAGAUCUGGGGCAAUAAGCCACAGAUCCAAGGGUGAGACUCCAAGAGAGAGUGGCAGAAGAUUGAGCAAGGGAGAUAAAUCAGAAAUGGCGGGAACAAGUAAAGAGACAGAAGAGAGUAUGCAUGUGUCAUUCAAGCUAAAUUUGCCGAAAGAUUCUGCACGAUCUGUUGCUGAGGAAAUUGAACACGAUGAGGAUGAUGACAUUAUAACACCAGCGCCGACCCCUAGAUUUGAUCUCGCAUCCCCUAAAUCAGAGGACAAAAGACCACGAAAAGAUUCUCCAAGAGAAAAAAGAGGUAACACAGGUGACACUAAUGCCCACACUCACACAGCACUAGCAGAUAACAGUGAUAAGCACACUAGUUCUGAAGUACAUAAGGCGAAAGACCACAAAGAAAAAGGUGGAGAGAAGUCCCAACAUGCCAAUGAUGUGAAACAAACAGAAAAAAAGAACACACAAGAAGAAAAGCCAUCGAAAGAAAAUGACACAAAAAGAAGAAAAGGUAGUACGGCUUCCAUAAAAUCUAGUUCAAGUGUGAAACAUACAACUGACAAGUCUGAAACUGAUCAUGAUGGAAAACAACCGAGUGAAGAUUUUCUUUCCACCACCAGAAGUGCUAAACUUGAUGAGAUUUUUAAAACUUCCACAAGAUCUGAUGUCUCAGUUAAGUCUGCAACAACGGAAAGGAUCAACAAAAGAUUGGAGAAGGAACAGUUGAAAGCAGAGCGGAAGCAUUUACACCCUAAACAUGAAGAAAAAGAUGAUCAUGUCCCAAAGCCAGUGCCUAGAAAGCACCUUGAAGACUCACUGAAAGGGGGACUGAAGGCAGAUGAUGAAAAGACAAACACUCAGAAAUCUUUGAAUGAUCUAGAACUAGGCUCACGAGCAUCACUAAGAUCAGGUGAUAAAGAUAUAAAUGCACCGGUCCCGCCCCCGAGAAAAUCUAUUUCCCGCUUGUCUGAAGAGGAUGGGCCUAAGCCGUCACCACGAGUAAUCAAGCGUGACCAAGCUGCAAAGGGCAAGUCCUCAUCAAAGGCAGGAAAGAUGCUUGAUUCUAGAACACUAAAGGACUGGGUUCACCAUACGAGCAAGGGAUGCUUCUUCUACGAGGAUGAUGAGAUCGUAUCCCAUGUGUUUACGAUGAAGCUGACCCAGGAUACAUCUGUUUACCUGACAGCCCACCCCAUACAGGAACCAGAGUGCUUGGAGGUAACAAGCUCUGAGCCAGUUGACACGGCCAUUCUUGUGUUUGACGAGUCCGGGAAGCUGCUACAUUGGUCUGAGGACAGAGACUCGAAGGGGACUUACUACCUCAAGUGUGAGCUGAGCUCAGGAGAGUACCAGGUGGUUCCGUACACGACAGGCUGCCGAUUCAAACAGCGGGCUUCGGAUAAACAGAACACCAUGAAGGAGGCAAAACUCGUUAAAAUGGCUGAUGAAAAAGUACAGAUUACUGUAAAUUUCAGGAAAGCGCUAGAGGAUAUAUUUGACCUUUGUGACCUUGACAACAACGGAACAAUGAGUCGAGAUGAGUUUAACUGGUUCAAUCUGCGCACGAGCGGCGAGGAACUGGGAGAGGACGAGUGGGAGGUUGUUGAAGAGCGUACAGAGCUUAGUAAUGGAGAGAUUACGAAGGAGGGUUUCAUUGCAUUGAAUGAAAUGGAGGCUGAGGAUGCACAGGGAGAUGUUGAAGAUUUGUGGAUCACCCUGUCCAGUAUGGGGCUGAACAAGGGGCUCAUAAUGGAUGAGGCAUGCCCCUACCGGUUGGAUGUGUACGUGGAAAGUCCAGGACGCAAGAGGACAACAUUGAAGGUUUCCGGCAUCGAAUCUCUACAGAGGCCAGAAUAUGUCACUGAGAUCUGCAAAUAUACCAUUGACCUGGCGGGUGACCCCCACAGAAUACGCAACAUGAAGGAUCUGUACCUGUAUACUUACAAGAACGAACUGAGAGCGACCAUAGUCGUUGACAACAGGUCUCGAAGCAACGUCAACUUGGGUGUUGAUUGUUCCAAUAGUAAGAAUGUGGUCAGCAACCAUCCAGAUCUUGACCACACACUAGAUAUUGACCCACAGUCCACAAUGAUUGCCCACCAUCUUGUGCCAAAGAGCGAACUCAGUGACUGGUCAGUCUCCUGUUCAGAAACCAUCAACAAAUAAUGCUAAAAAGGGGGAACCAGUCUAGAAGAAAAUAGAAACCAGUUUGGAAAAAGUAGAAACCCUUCUGAAAACAGGAAGAAACCAGUCUGGAUUAUGUUGGAAUGUAGACUGUCAUUAUUCCAUCCAUUUAAGUAAAUCCUGCAGCAAACGCUAAAAUUGUGCGAUUUUAUUUUUCAUUUGUGAGAAAUUACUAAAAAUUGUUUAUAAUUUUACAUCAAUAAUUGUUAUAUUUAUACUACAUUAAUCUUCAUCCCAGAAGCCUACGCUAUUUUAUUCCGAUUUAAAUAUUUAUACUGUCGGAAAAAGGCUAGCGAAACCAAAAUUAUGCAUGAAUAUUCAUAUACAACCAUUACUUCUUGGGGAUUUCCGUAUUGUCUGAGGGUGUGACUCAGGCGUUCAAUUGAACAUCCAAAUUUUAUCUCAAUAAUUACUCUAAGGUAAUGGUUUUCUACAGUCAAUAUCUCAGGUGUGUUCAAUGGAGUUAUACAUGAUGAAUAGACUGGGUAAGGAGGAUACGAGAUACAAGAUACAAGAAUCUUUAUUUAAAGUCGGGUAUGUGUUAACAAGAAACAUUAGCUCAAUCAGCCAUUUUCUUACAUAAUUACGUAGCUUAGGUUAAAUAAAUUUAAAUAAAUCAUUUAUAAGAAAGAUAGGGGCCAUAUAACAGAAGCAUCUUAGUUUUUUUUAAUAUUUUAACUUCCGUGUUAAAUUCAAAAUUGUUAUAAAUUGUUAUAUUGCUUAAAAAAAGCUAUAAAAUGGUGUUUUCAGUUUUAACUUUAUUCUAUAUUUUCACUGUAGAAUAUACAUUGAGCUGAACACUUUCUACCAGUGGAAUUUAACAAUUAAGAAAAUGGUUGAAUUAAUUAAAAUGAACAUUUUUUUUUAAUAAGCUUCAGCAGUACUGCCCCAGAUAAAAGAAAAUAUAUUGUUAUAAAAAAUCAAAGUAAAAACCAGGUGUAGGUAAAGAAAAAUGAUCUUUUUAUUUGCAUUUUCUUUUUUUGACUGACCAUUGAUUGGUUAUUCAAGAAAUGGUUAAAGGUUGCCCCUUAACCAACUACUGUUUGACUUUUUUUGAUGAUUACUGACCCAGCCACUAUUUAAAUCUACUAAUUCACCUGAAUAAAAUCCAUAACUGCUGACUGCAAAUUUAGCAAAUAAAUGUACAGUAGAAUUUAAAGAUUCCACAGUCCCAUUGGACAAAAUAUAAUUAUGAACACUAAUUUGAGUUAUUGAACAUGCUUUGAGUCUAUUCGAGUUUGACUUGUUAAUCAUGAGUACGGAAUUUUAAUUAUUGAAGGUUGUGAUGUAAUUGUUAGUGAACUUAUAUUUCAUGUUGUCAGUGUUGUUAUAAAUAUUAAGAGUAAUUUUACAUAGUUUUAGGACUUUUUAUUUUCAAUAUUAGAGAAUCCAUAUCCAUUUGGCAUACAAAUGAUUAUACUACAAAUCUUCUUGAACAUUUAAGGAUUGAAAGUUUAAGUGAAAUCCUCCUAUUAAUAUGUACCUCCAGUGGUCUGAUUUUGCUUUCAUGGAUGAAAGGAACUCGCUUAUUUUUUUGGUUGGCAAUUCGUUUCUGCUCAAUUUUGUUCAUAUUGAAAUAUUUUACUUAAACCACCAAACAGCAAUGGACAGAUACUUAUUUGAUCAGAAUUUUGUAAAUCAAAGCAAAAUAAUUAUGAUUCUAAUGCAUUUUGGCCAAACAAUUGAAUCUCACAGAUAAACUGUUUUGACACCUUUUUUGUGUCUUGGAAUGAGCCAAACCUGCAAUCUGACUUUUUGUCAGCAGUCUUAUAUCACUCGUUUCCAUGAAUUUUCGCAAAAAAAUGGCUGGUUCCAAGACAAAAUGUUGUCAAAACAUUCAAUGUGUGCGAGUGCAGCUUUAAAGUAAAGCAUGACGCUAAUUAAACCAUUAUACAUAAUUCAAAAUCAAAGAUUUUUUUUGUAAUUAGAUGUUUCUCCUUUAUAUUAUUAUUUUAUUAUAGGACUUUUUCGUUUAAACAUACAACCCAGCCAGGAAAGGCAAAAUAAUGUAAUUUUAUUGGUGAAAAGGGUGUGGGGGGUAGGGUAUGGCCCUCUUGGGGUUUUUUACCGGUUCAUUUUAAAUAAACUCUUCAGUAAACUUCUAAAAGGGGACAGUGUCAUUUAAAAAAGCCUUCCUGGGGUGGAAUGUAUAUUUAAAUGGAACACAGCCCUAAGAAUAGGAUAAUUUGUAGCUAAAUAAGCAAAAAUACAUGUAGUUGUAGAUAGACAUAGUUGUUAAUCAAUCUUUAAUAAAACAAGUGCAUAGCAGUAACUGUUAUGUUAAGUACCAAACAGUUAAACAUGUACAUGGUGUAAUAUUGUGAAACACAAACAUGUUCAUACAAUCAUGAAGCAAGGAUUGACAUUGUCAUGUAUUUUGGUCUGUGAUAUUUAUGGAUUUUUUCUAUUGUUAUGUUCAGUAAUUAUGUGAACGUGAUUAAAUAGCAUAAUGUAGUACA